CAGCAAUCUGGCAAUAGUGAUUUUUAACCUUAAAUAGAUUGCAGGUUUAUUGUUUGACCUUGCGUUUUUGAACAAUUUCAAUUACACAGCAAAUAGUUAGUUAAGAUUUUAAAUAUUAAAGAAGUUUUGAAACCAGUUUCCAAAAGACACACUGAAUAUGGCGGGAAAAGUUAUUGAAAUUCUUUCAACCCGAAAGCUUGUGAUGUUAUUUAUGUUCCUUCUGAUUGUGCAAAUCAUAUUUUUUCUGAUUGGUGGUUUAAUUGCUCCUCCUCCAGCUCGUGCUCAAGAACACAUUAUGACAAAUUGUAUACCCGAAGGAAACAAGUCUGGUGUUGUCACUAGGCAGAAUUGUGACCCAGUUACAGAUCUUCAAGGCGUCAAAGUUACAGGAUUAGAUCCUAGCGAUCUUGUUCUUAUAGCACAUAUUCCGAGGAAUCUUGGAAUUAUGACAAUGACACCAUGGUUUCAAUACCUACUUGCCCUACUUCAAGUGAAAAUAACAUAUAAAACUAAUAAUCCUUAUGUUUCACAUGCACCGAUGCGUUUGGAUAUUCAUAUAUUGUACAGUAAUGAGGACAGUUCUGCGGUUAGAAGAGAUAAAUUGGCGUGGAAAACCUUGGCAAGAUGUGAAGAAGAUCGCAUACUUGAAUGUAAUUUCAAUCAUGAUUUUGAUGAAGAACAUGAAGAUUAUGAGUAUGAUUGUGAGUUGCUGCACCUGUUUCAGUUGGGCUCAAUUCCACAUAAACGUUAUCUGAUCAACCUUCGUUUGCCGGUUGACGUUACUGAAGAUGGUGGUAUGUACAAUCAGUUCGGCAAUGCAAAAGAAAUGUCUGUGAUUGCAAUACAUCAAAAUGGUGGCUUUACUCAGGUGUGGACAAGUCUCAAGUCAGUUAUGACGGUCUUAAUGAUAUUCCCGGUAAUCUGGUUCUGGAGAAGAAUCAAACUUCUUGAAAGAAAACCUCUACUGAUUGAAAAAGCCAUAUUCUCUUUGGGAAUUUCAAUUCUAUUCUUGAAUAUACCUAUUGAAUUGAUUUCGAUAUUUAUAGAAGCUCCCUGGAUGCUAUUCUUCACAGAUAUUCGCCAGGGCUUCUUUUAUGGUAUCCUGCUUGGUUUUUGGAUUAUAUUUACGGGAGAACAUAUGGUGAAUCCUUCACAACGCAACAAGCUUUCAACAUAUCGUUUUCAUUUGAGUGCUAUUUUUAUUUCUCUGUUUGCUCUGUUAGCUUUUGAUAUUGCUGAACGUGGGAUGCAGUUGGUGAACCCUUGUUCCACAGUUUGGACGCACCACAACUUUGCAAUGAUUCUCAUUGUGGUUGCCAGUGUAGCUGGUUGCAUUUAUUUUCUACUGCUGUGCUACAUGGUUGUUAAAGUUUUUCGCAUAAUGUCAUACAAGCAGAGAUUCAUUACUUCUAUACAAGCGAACAAUUUCCAGACAGUCGUCUUCAGGUUUAGACUCCUUAUGAUACUUUCAAUAUCUACUGCUGCCCUUACAAUUGUGUUUUACAUACUUUCACAAAAAUAUGAUGGAAUGUUGGAUUUUGGAGAUCAUCGUGUUGAGGUUAACUCUGCCUUUUUCACAGGAGUUUAUGGGUUAUGGAAUAUUUAUGUUUUCCUGGUACUCUCAGUGUAUGCUCCAUCACACAAGCAGUUUGAUGUAGAUGAUACUGACGAAAUGGACAGUCGUCAAGAACUGAUAGAAUUGCACCAGACUCCGGGAGGAGAUGGGGCCCAAAGUCAAAUCACAGAUCAGAUUCGUAUACUGGAAUUAACACAUCAAAAAAGUGCUGAGGACUGAGACCUAAUGUGAAUAUUAUUGGCAUGGAUGUUCUUAGAGACACAUUUCUGGAGUCCUAAACUUUAUUUUCAAUCUUCUUACCCUGUGCUGAAAUUUGAUAGUAUUACUUUACAAUGCAUCCCUGAAACAUGGUCUUAUUAAAGAAGAUAUUGAAAAUAAAUCUGACAAAUUAUCAUUCCAAACUAAUAAAAUUAGACUGCUCAGGCGUAAAAAUAUCUCCAAUGUGAGAUAUUAUUACUGAAAAUAACUUUUUUUUGGAUAACAGCUGUUGGUGCUGCAUGUAUUUGCUAACAUGAGAUAUUUUAUAUUCUUGCACAGAUCUUGUAAUUUUUCUGUUGUAUAUUGGGAACUUACCUUCAGCAUUAUUAUUCAUUGUGCCAUUUGUUACUUUCAUUGUUGUAUGUACAAUUCGCAACAGUAUUUUAUUUUAUACAGGCGAUUUUUCUUUAUCAAAUGUUUUAAACCACUGCUUAUCUUUUCUAAAAAUCAUUGUUCACUCGCUUUUGUAUCAGCAAAGUGUUGGACGAUGUAGAAUAAUACCCUGCUGCUGUAAAACAACUUUUUUCUACCUUAUUCGUUGUCAAUUGUUCUAAUUUUGCACACAACUACAAACUCUAUAUCGCAUUCACUUUAUUUAAUACAAAUGCUACUUCCAUGUUUCCAGAAAAUUCAUCCUGAUAGUGUUAGUUAGGGAAAACCUGUUUUCAUCCAUUCAAGGUCUCGAUAACGCUUCUUAACACAUAAUGUGUCUGUAUUUUUUUCAUUUUCUGCAUUAUAUGUUACACUGCCAAACUUACCUAUUUUGCUUCAUAUAUCAUUUUCAUCAAG